AUGGGUAUUCAGUGUUCCAGACUCAUGCCAUGCUGUGUGGAUUCACAAGUUAAGGCAUCUGUUGUUGAAACUCCACAUGCUGAAAUUGAGGAUAGUAGUGAGGUCAGUAAUUGGCCUACAUUUCGUGAAUUUACACUUGAGCAACUUAAGAAUGCAACAUCUGGUUUUGCUGUUGAAAACAUUGUAUCCGAACAUGGAGAGAAGGCUCCAAAUGUUGUUUAUAAAGGAAAGCUGGAGAAUCAAACGAGAAUCGCCGUUAAGCGGUUUAACAGGAAUGCUUGGCCUGAUGCUCGGCAGUUUUUGGUAAAUUCGCCUGUCCCAGAGGAAGCAAGAUCAGUUGGUCAGCUUCGUAACCAAAGAUUGGCAAAUUUGCUUGGUUGUUGCUGUGAAGGAGAUGAGAGGUUGCUUGUUGCAGAAUAUAUGCCCAAUGAAACACUGGCAAAACACCUUUUCCAUUAUUUGGUUGACUAUAACCUACUAGGGGAAACACAGCCUAUGAAAUGGGCAAUGCGACUAAGAGUUGUUCUACAUCUUGCACAAGCUCUAGAGUACUGCACAAGCAAAGGGCGUGCUCUUUAUCAUGACCUUAAUGCAUAUAGAGUUCUUUUUGACGAGGAUGGUAAUCCUAGGCUUUCGAGUUUCGGCCUUAUGAAAAACAGCAGGGAUGGGAAAAGCUAUAGCACAAAUUUGGCAUUUACCCCUCCAGAGUAUCUCAGAACUGGGAGAGUAACACCAGAAAGUGUAAUAUAUAGCUUUGGCACCCUUCUACUUGACCUUCUCAGUGGGAAGCAUAUCCCCCCAAGUCAUGCCCUCGAUGUGAUUCGCGGAAGAAAUCUUCAGAUGUUAACAGAUUCUUGUUUGGAAGGACAAUUUUCCGAUGAUGAUGGAACUGAGUUGGUACGCUUGGCAUCUCGAUGUUUACAAUAUGAACCUAGAGAACGGCCUAAUCCAAAAUCAUUGGUAGCUGCUUUGUCUCCUCUUCAGAAGGAAACAGAGGUUCUUUCACAUGUCUUGAUGGGCAUCCAGCACAGUACUACUUUUGCCUUAUUAUCUCCACUUGGUGAAGCAUGCUCAAGAAAGGACUUGACUGCCAUACAUGAAGUUCUGGAAAAUAUUGGCUAUAAAGAUGAUGAAGGAGUGGCAAAUGAGUUGUCAUUUCAGAUGUGGACUGAUCAGAUGCAGGAAACAUUAAAUUGCAAGAAAAAGGGGGAUGUUGCUUUCCGGCAGAAAGAUUUUAGAAUGGCAAUUGAGUGCUACACGCAGUUCAUUGAUGCUGGAACAAUGGUUUCUCCAACAGUCUACGCACGGCGUAGUUUGUCUUAUCUCAUCAGUGACAUGCCUCAGGAAGCGCUGAACGAUGCAAUGCAGGCGCAAGUGGUUUCACCCGUAUGGCACAUAGCAUCUUAUCUUCAAUCUGUUGCUCUCACUGGACUUGGAAUGGAGAAUGAAGCCCAAGCAGCACUUAAAGAUGCCACAACACUGGAAUCCAAGCGGAAUGCAACUACCAGGCAAAAAUGA